GCGAAGGAGCCUCUUUGCCUUCCUCACCCUCCUGCCAUCCUGCCUUUGGACUGACUAUCUUUUGGCUUUUUAUAUUAAUCCUUGGAGCAAGACUGCUUUAAAGAAACGGAAGCUAACAAGCCCUGUCCAGAUGGAUGACUUUGAUGCGUACCUCAAAGACAUGAGUAAAGACUCCGCCUACAAGUUCUCUCUGCAGUUUGAGGAGCUGAAGAGCGUAGGUCUGGAUCUUUCCCAUGAUGCAGCAGACCUGCCUAUCAACAGACCCAAGAACCGCUACACCAACAUCCUGCCGUAUGACUUCAGCAGAGUGAAGGUGAUCUAUUUACAUAACGACGAGGGAUCAGACUACAUCAACGCCAACUACAUACCAGGUUAUAAAUCACCCAGAGAGUACAUCGCUACCCAGGGUCCUCUGCCUGAGACGAGGAACGACUUCUGGAACAUGAUCCUGCAGCAGAAGAGCCACAUCAUUGUGAUGCUGACGCAGUGUAACGAGAGACGCAGGGUGAAGUGUGACCACUACUGGCCAUUCACAGAUGAGCCGGUGACCUACGGAGAGAUCAGUGUUGAGAUGCUGUCGGAGUCAGAAUCACCAGAGUGGACCAUAAGGAACUUCAGACUGGGAUAU